UAAUCGGGGUUUUCCCUUCCACUUCGAAGUCCAACUCUUUCCCAUUCACCGUGUGAAGUCAAAUCUGUCUUCACUUCCAUUUUCUAUUCUGAAGGAUGGACCUAUGUACCCCUUCCCAUGUCUGAGUACAAACCCUAGAUUCUUGAACUGUCUACACUCUAAAACGAUGUCGCUUCCUUUCCAAUCCCUUUCACUCACUUCACCUUCUUCUUCAACAUUGUGCUUUUCCACCCUUUUUUCUAGAAAUCCGAGCGUGUCUCUUGGAUUCCCCCCUAGCCGUUUCCCGAACACCCUGCAUUUCCAAAUUCUUGAUUACAAGUUUCGAAGCCCUUUUAAUUUUGGUUCCAUCGAUGCCCAUCAGUUCUGUCCUCGAGUUUCUACUUCUGGAGGAGUAGGUCGGAUACCCGGUGGUGGUGGUGGUGAUUUCGAUAUCGAUUCUUUACUUUCAGCUGCCGAGUUGUUUUGCCUUGUUGCGUCAUUGAUCGGUUCUGUUGGUUUUGCUUUGAAUUGCGCGAAAACCAGGUCUAAGAGCGUGUUCUUGGCGGUGUUUGGUGAUGGGGUUCUCGUUGGCGCGAUUUUAUUUCUGGUUGCUGGGGUUGCGAUUGGUGCUUGGAUUCGUAGGCGGCAGUGGAAUCGAGUUUUUCGAGAGACAGUGAAGGGCGUUUUAGAGGUGAAUUUGAUGGAAAAGACUAACAAGCUUGAGGAGGAUUUGAGGAGCUCGGCAACGCUAAUUCGAGUUUUGUCGAGGCAGCUGGAGAAGUUAGGGAUUAGGUUUAGAGUUACUCGAAAGGCUCUGAAGAAGCCCGUUGAGGAGACUGCAGCUUUAGCUCAAAAGACUUCCGAGGCCACCCGAGCAUUAGCAGUUCGGGGAGAUAUUUUGGAGAAGGAGCUUGCUGAAAUCCAGAAGGUUUUACUAGCUAUGCAGGAACAACAACAAAAGCAACUUGAAUUGAUUCUAGCAAUAGGAAAGUCAGGAAAGAUGUGGGAAAGCAGACAGGAGCAUAGUGGAGGACAAAGUCAUAUUGGGAGGCAUGAUCUGAUUGAUGAACGCUUAAAUCGAAAGGAAGUCCAGGACGUUUGAGCUGUUUGAAGAAACGAAUGGAGAUAGCUUAGGAUUCUUUUGUUACAAAUUAGGAUAGUAGUUGUUGCAUAACGACAGAAUAGAAGAAUGGGAUGUAAUUUUGUGGCAGUUUAAACUUUGGCAUUUAUCAUGCUUGAUACUUCUUGCCAGAAAAGAUUUUUGGUUUCCAUAAUGUGCAAUUUAACGAGAAAUGAACGUUGCACCAAGAGAAAGUGUAAAGCGGCAGGGGAAUUGUAAUGGGAGAAAUGUAUUUGUUAUGGUCAUUGGGUUAAUGUAAUAAACAUUCUGCUUAACCAUUUUAAUUUUGAUUUUCGUUGUA